UUCUCUCUCUACACACACAGUCACUCCUUUCUCUCUCACACAUUCACACACACACACACUCUCCACCGGAGAAAUGGAUCCAGUUAACGAUUGGGGCAACACCCCUCUCUCCGUCGUCGACCCAGACAUCCACGACCUGAUCGAGAAGGAGAAGCGCCGCCAAUGCCGCGGGAUCGAGCUCAUCGCCUCCGAGAACUUCACCUCCUUCGCCGUGAUCGAGGCCCUCGGCAGCGCACUCACCAACAAGUACUCCGAGGGCAUGCCGGGCGCCCGCUACUACGGAGGAAACGAGUUCAUCGACGAGAUCGAGAACCUCACGCGCUCACGCGCCCUCCAGGCCUACCGAUGCGACCCUACCAAGUGGGGCGUCAACGUCCAGCCCUACAGCGGCUCCCCCGCCAAUUUCGCCGCCUACACGGCGGUGCUCAACCCGCACGACCGCAUCAUGGGCCUCGAUCUGCCGUCCGGCGGCCAUCUCACCCACGGGUACUACACAUCCAACGGGAAGAAGAUCAGCGCCACCUCGAUUUACUUCGAGAGUUUGCCGUACAAGGUUGAUUCGACCACUGGGUACAUCGAUUACGAUAAGUUGGAGGAGAAGGCGUUGGAUUUCAGGCCCAAAUUGAUUAUUUGCGGAGGAAGUGCUUACCCUAGAGAUUGGGAUUACAAGAGGUUUAGGGAGGUUGCUGAUAAGUGUGGCGCCCUCUUGCUUUGUGAUAUGGCCCAUAUCAGUGGCCUUGUUGCUGCUCAGGAAGCGGCUGAUCCGUUUGAGUACUGCGACAUUGUCACAACCACAACUCACAAGAGUCUGAGGGGUCCUAGAGCUGGCAUGAUCUUCUACAGGAAGGGUCCUAAGCCAGCUAAGAAGGGGCAGCCACAAGAUGCCGUUUACGACUUUGAGGACAAGAUCAACUUUGCUGUGUUCCCUUCUCUUCAGGGGGGCCCACACAAUCACCAAAUCGGUGCUCUUGCUGUUGCGUUGAAGCAGGCGAUGACACCUGGAUUCAAGGCCUACGCUAAGCAAGUCAGGGCCAAUGCCGUUGCCCUCGGAAAUUAUCUGAUGAGCAAAGAUUACAAGCUUGUCACUGGUGGAACUGAGAACCAUUUGGUUCUGUGGGAUCUUCGCCCUCUCGGCUUGACUGGAAACAAGGUUGAGAAACUAUGUGACCUGUGCAACAUUACUGUUAACAAGAAUGCUGUGUUUGGUGACAGCAGUGCAUUGGCCCCUGGAGGUGUUCGCAUUGGUGCGCCCGCCAUGACAUCUCGAGGAUUAGUCGAGAAAGACUUUGAGCAGAUAGCCGAGUUCCUACACAGGGCAGUGAGCGUAACCCUAAAGAUUCAGAAAGAGCACGGUAAACUACUAAAGGACUUCAACAAAGGACUUGUCAACAACAAAGACAUUGAAGAGCUUAAGGCUGACGUCGAAAAGUUUUCGUCCUCCUUUGACAUGCCUGGCUUCAAAAUGUCCGAGAUGAAGUACCAAUAAAUUCCAGCCCCUCCGCAUUUUCUUAUUAUUAUUAGGCUUGCCCAAUCAAUGUUCUUGAUUUUAUCGUUAAAUUUUUCGCGUUUGAAUUUGUCCAAUUUGUAUUAAGCGGAAGAAUAAUUUCUUUCAUUUUUUUCUUUCUUGCUUUCUAUUUCUUCUCCCACUGCUUCGGUUUUCUACCGAUUUUGUGGGGGUUUCGGUUAUGUUUUUGUUGGAAGUUGUAGCUGUCGACGGAAGUUUGCAGCGAAAUAUCUUUUUUUUCGAUAUACAAAAGUGAUUCUAUUGUUCUGUGUUAA